AUGUUACGAAGAUGUGUUUUGGAGUUCACAAGAAGGUGGGAAUGUUACUUACCAUUGACAAAGUUCACCUAUAACAACAAUUACCAAGCAAGUAUUCAGAUGGCACCCUUUGAAGCAUUGUAUGGAAGGAGGUGUCGAACACCCAUGUAUUGGUCUAAGUUGGAUGAAAAGAGAAUAGUUGGACUUGAAUUGGUUCACAAGACAGGGGACAAAGUCAAGAUGAUAUGCGAAAGGUUAAAAGCUACUUUAGAUAGACAAAAUUCCUAUGCUAACUUGAAACGACAAGAUGUUGAGUACCAAGUGGGCAAGUAUGUGUUUCUUAAGGUAUCACCAUGGAAGAAAGUCCUAAGGUUUGGGUGCAAAGGGAAGCUAAGCCCAAGGUCCAUUGGUCUUUAUGAAAUGGUGGAUAUAAUCGGUCUUAUAGCAUAUCAACUCAAGUUGCCCUGCGAACUUGAUCGAAUUCACGAUGUGUUUCAUGUAUCUAUGCUUAGGAAAUAUCUUGCAGACCCAUCCCAUGUACUGUCAGCAGAUGGCAUUGAAGUGCGACCUGAUUUGACUUUCGAGGAAGAACCAAUGAAGAUUGUGGCUCACGAGGUGAAAGUCCUGCGAAGAAAAAGGACCAUUUGGUCAAAGUGUUGUGACGAAACUAUAAGACCAAUGAAGCUUCUUGGGAAAUAG